GCGGAAGUCUGGGCCCCGCGAGACUCCGUUUCCCGGCAGACCGCGCGCCAAGGCCUCCGGCGGGACUGGAGCUGCUGCGCUGGCUACAAGAGAGAGACCCUGUCCGGGUUGGUUCUUGUGGUAGCGAUGGCCUCGUUCGUGACGGAAGUCCUGGCACACUCGGGGAGGCUGGAGAAGGAGGAUCUGUGCACUCGGAUCAGCCGCCUGGCCCAGCGGGUGGAGGAGAUCAAGGGCGAGGUAUGCAGUAUGAUCAGCAAGAAGUACAGUGAAUUCCUGCCUAGCAUGCAAAGUGCACAGGACCUGGUUACCCAAGUGGAUAAGCUAUCCGAUGACAUUGACCUGCUGAAAUCCAGGAUAGAGAGUGAGGUCCGCCGGGAUCUUCACGUAUCAACUGCUGAAUUUACAGACUUGAAGCAACAGUUGGAAAGAGACUCAGUAGUCCUAAUUUUACUUAGACAGCUACACGAGUUUUCUACUGCUAUUGAGGAAUAUAAUUGUGCAUUGGCAGAGAAGAAGUAUGUUACUGCUGCUCAGCGUCUAGAAGAGGCACAGAUAUGCUUGAAGUUAUUAAAAUCCAGAAAAUGCUUUGAUUUAAAAAUACUGAAAUCUCUCAGCAUGGAGCUUACCAUACAGAAACAGAACAUACUUUAUCACCUUGGAGAAGAGUGGCAGAAGCUGAUUGUAUGGAAGUUCCCACCAUCAAAAGAUAUCAGCAACUCGGAAUCUUGCCUACAAACAGAACUUCAUUUAUGCACUGAACAAUCUCAGAAAGAAGAGAAGACCCCCGUGCCACCCGUCAGUUCUGUCCUCUUGGCAUUUUCUCUUCUUGGGGAGCUACAUACCAAGCUUAAGUCAUUUGGUCAGAUGCUGCUGAAGUAUAUCCUUAGGCCUCUGGCAUCUUGCCCAUCCCUUUUUGCUGUGAUAGAAAGCCAACCUAACAUCAUUAUCAUUCGUUUUGAAUCUGUGAUGACUGACUUGGAACAUCCAUCGCCAUCUGAAGUUUUUGCCAAGAUCAGACUGGUACUGGAAGUGGUCCAGAAACAGCUUCUAGAUUUGCCUCUUGAUGCUGACGUAGAAAAUGAAAAAACAUCUAAGAUCGUAUUGGCUGAGAUGCUUGGUGACAUGAUCUGGGAGGACUUGUCCGAGUGCCUCAUUAAAAAUUGUUUGGUUUAUUCUAUCCCAACAAAUAGCAGCAAGUUACAGCAGUAUGAAGAGGUCAUACAGUCCACUGAAGAAUUUGAAAAUGCCUUAAAGGAGAUGAGGUUUUUAAAAGGAAAUACUACUGAUUUGCUGAAAUAUGCCCGUAACAUCAAUUCUCAUUUUGCUAACAAGAAGUGUCAGGAUGUGAUUGUGGCAGCUAGAAACCUAAUGACCUCUGAAAUUCACAACACUGUGAAGAUUACUCCUGCUUCUAAGAUAAGUGUGCCAGAUUUACCUAGUCCUGCUGAGGAUGACAAGCUACAAGUACAGAAAGUGUCCACGACUCAGUACAACGAAGUGAUGAAUUUAGAGCCUGAAAAUACGUUGGACCAACAUUCCUUUUCUUUGCCCACAUGCCGCAUCAGUGAAUCUGUGAAGAAAUUAAUGGAACUCGCCUAUCAGACUUUACUGGAGGCAACAACUAGCAGUGAUCAAUGUGCUGUUCAACUUUUCUACUCAGUGAGGAAUAUCUUCCAUUUGUUCCAUGAUGUUGUACCAACAUAUCACAAGGAGAACCUUCAAAAACUGCCCCAGUUGGCUGCCAUUCACCACAACAACUGUAUGUAUAUUGCUCACCACUUGCUGACCCUCGGGCAUCAGUUCAGAUUACGUCUUGCCCCCAUUCUGUGUGAUGGCACUACUACUUUUGUGGAUCUUGUACCUGGCUUCAGGAGACUUGGGACAGAGUGUUUUUUGGCCCAAAUGCGGGCACAGAAAGGAGAACUUCUGGAAAGAUUAUCAAGUGCUAGAAACUUUUCAAACAUGGACGAUGAGGACAAUUAUUCUGCAGCAAGUAAAGCAGUCCGACAGGUACUGCACCAACUAAAGAGACUUGGAAUUGUGUGGCAGGAUGUCCUGCCAGUGAACAUAUAUUGCAAGGCUAUGGGGACUUUACUCAGUACAACAAUUUCUGAGAUCAUUGGCAGAAUCACUGCCCUAGAGGACAUCUCUACUGAAGAUGGUGAUAGAUUGUAUUCCUUAUGCAAAACAGUGAUGGAUGAAGGACCUCAAGUAUUUGCACCUCUGUCUGAAGAAAACAAGAACAAGAAAUAUCAAGAAGAGGUUCCGGUCUACGUGCCAAAAUGGAUGCCAUUCAAAGAGUUGAUGAUAAUGUUACAAGCCAGCCUGCAAGAAAUUGGGGAUCGGUGGGCAGAUGGAAAAGGGCCCUUGGCAGCUGCGUUCUCUUCCAGUGAAGUAAAAGCUUUAAUUCGUGCCUUGUUCCAGAACACAGAAAGAAGAGCAGCUGCCCUUGCCAAGAUUAAAUAGCUCCAUCUUCCUGAGAAAGCCGCGUCUUGAGCAGGUGGUUUCCUUUCUUGGCGUAAUUAGUCUUUAAAGACUUCUUGGAAUCACCCGUUGGUUUUGGUGAACUGAUAUAUCAUGGAAGUUUGAUUUCACCUAAGAGCGCCUUACCUCCUGGCCUGUAUGAGGCUUUGUUGUAGAACUGGAUGUUAAGAUAAGAUGUCAAAUGAAGCACCUCAAUUUGUUGACUUUGUAGCCACCCUCCCUUGAUAAGAAACUAUAGGGUGACAUUGGUUCAUGUUGCUUCCAGGGCCCUCUGGGAACUGUAUCCAUUGAAAAUAUAAGCCCUGGCCUUGGAUCAAGGAAUCCAGGUCAUUCCAAGAGUCAGGAUAAAGAAUUUGUGAGAGAUGGGAGAUAUAUUUUGGAGGGCAAGGGAACCAUAAAUUGGUCUUGCAGGAAUUAAGAAGACUUCCUGCAAUAUUUCUUUCCAAUAAAUAAUCCUUUUCAGA